GCCCGUUCCUCUCCCUCCGGGGUCCGGAGGCCCCCUGGAGCCGCCGGGAGACCCCCGAGGAGCCGCGCCCCCCUCCCCGCUCCGCCUUAUGACGGACAGAGGUGAUGGACCAAUUGGUAGUCUCCCUGAACAUCUCCUUGUAGAAAUAUUGACUCGGUUACCAACCCAUGAGUGGGUUCAGAUAUCAUGUGUCAGCAAGCAUUGGGCAAGCAUGUUCCGAGGAGAAUACCUGUGGCAAACCGCUAUUGCAAGGAAAUGGCCAUCGGCUGGUUUCCGGAAACGCUGGCCUGGGCCAAUUCCCAGAGGUUCUGCUAGGAGGAGAUUCCAAGCGCUUUAUGUCAGCGAGAACCUUGUACCAUCUGGUGGGGAGAUUGAUGAACUUGUUGGACACACAUAUCUCUAUUUAAAAGAACAGCUUGAGCGCCUUGCCGUUCCUCCGUCCAGCAUACUUCAUGGCACCAUAAUUGAUCAGUUCAUUGCUUGUGGUAGAACAGGAGAAAAGGCCCAUGAACUUGCUUCAAAUAUAUGGAUUGCAGUCAUUGACAAUUUGGAAGAAAACCAGCAAACAUUCAUGCUGUUAAAACACCUAGCGCAAGAAGGAGAUUUUUUCCUUCCCUUUCCAUAUUCGAGGUCGUAUAAAGUACUGUGGAGGGUGUUCGACAAGCUGUUCACCGACUUCCGUGACUGUUUCAGCGGGGCAGAUUACCAUGAGGCGCUAGCGGGUGCCAAGUCUAGGUUUCAACCAGUACCUUCUUCAUGGAUUGGACAUUAGCACACAGCUGUUGUUCUUAUUGUGAGUUGUACAAUGUCUUAGAUGUAGCUGCUAUACUCCCCCAGUGAAAAGGUGGGUGCCAAAGAGUGGCAAUUCCAAUGGGGAUGACGUGUUUGGUGACUUGACCGACAAUUUCAAGAACGCCAAAAUAUCUCUGACUGUUUGAUUGCAAAAAGUGUAUAUAUGUUAUUGUAAGUUUAUAAAAAAAUCGGUUGUAUUUAGUACAAUACAACCAGCAGCA